AUGCGAUUUCAGAAAUGGUUCUUAGAUCGUGGCUACGUGGGCGUAGGCGAUAGGGCGCUGACGUGCGGCUCCACCAAGUGCGCGGCGAUAGACGAGCUGCGAGUAAUCAGAGAGCUCCACGUGUCCACCAUGGAGGAGCUCGGCGUCGAAUGCGCUGAGGUGCAUGAACUGAUGCACGAGCUGCAGCAGCUAGUAACGGGGAUAGCGCUCAUGCGCGAGCUGACUCCGCGUUCCUCGGAUUACCUCGUGUCGUUCGGCGAGCGCUGCUCCACGCGCAUCUUCGCCGCCUACCUCAACUCCUUGGGAGUGCCGUCCAAGCAGGUAUGGUGCCGACCAGGCCGUCCGUCCGCCCCUCCCUCCCUCCCUCCCUCGACGCGUUCCACAUGGGCGAGUUCACCAACGCCGACGUGCUGGACGAGACCUACCCUGCUGUGGCCAACUCCCCAUAUGUCAUUCCGUCACCCUUCCCUCCAUCCCUCCCUUCCCAAUCAGUUCGACGCGUUCCGCAUGGGUGUGAUCACAACGGACGAGUUCACCAACGCCGACGUGCUGGACGAGACCUACCCUGCUGCUGUCUCAUGCCCCAACCUCUCGUACUCCCUCCUCCCCCUCCAUUCCCCCCCUGAAUCAGUUCGACGCGUUCCACAUGGGAGUGAUCACAACGGACGAUUCGACGCGUUUCACAUGGGAGUGAUCACAACGGACGAGUUCACCAACGCGGACGUGCUGGACGAGACCUACCCCGCCGUGGCGGAAUCGCUCCUCUCCGCCUAUGAUGCUCACCGGGAGGCUGCUGCUGCCAGUGAUGACGGCGGCGGGGUUGGCAGCAGGGCGUUUAUCCCAGUCGUUACGGGCUUUCUGGGCAGGGGCAAGAAGACGGGAGCAACGACCACAUUGGGCCGCGGAGGCAGCGACCUGACGGCGACCAUCAUAGGGCGAGCGCUGGGGCUGCGGGAGGUGCAGGUGUGGAAGGACGUGGACGGGGUGCUCACCUGCAACCCCAACCUGCACCGUGCCUCACCUUUGCGGAAGCCUCCGAGCUGUCAUACCUUAGAAUAUUUGAGACGUCUCAAUACAUGUUUUUCCUCCUCUCCCCCAUCUCCCUGCGCCAUGACCCCUCGGCCCGCCCUCCCUCAGGGCAAGAAGACGGGAGCAACUACCACAUUGGGGCGUGGCGGCAGCGACCUAACAGCCACCAUAAUAGGGCGAGCGCUGGGGCUGCGGGAGGUGCAGGUGUGGAAGGACGUGGACGGCGUUCUCACCUGCGACCCGAACCUCUACCGUGCCGCCAUUCCUGUGCCCUUCCUCACCUUCGAGGAAGCUUCCGAGCUGGCCUACUUUGGAGCGCAGGUGCUGCAUCCUCAGAGCAUGCGGCCUGCACGGGAAGGGAACAUCCCUGUGAGGGUGAAGAACUCGUAUAAUCGCAUCGCUCCUGGCACAUUGAUUACCCAAGAGAGGGAUUUGUCGUCGGCGCUCCUGACCAGUAUCGUGGUGAAGCGUGGGGUUACCCUGCUGGAUCUGGUCAGCCUGAGGAUGCUCGGGCAGUUCGGGUUCCUGGCAAAAGUUUUUGCGAUUUUCGAGGCGCAGGGGAUUUCGGUGGAUGUGGUGGCCACGAGUGAGGUGAGCCUGUCGCUGACGCUGGACCCUGCGAAGCUGUGGUCUCGAGAGUUGAUUCAGCAGGAGCUGGAUAAGAUGGUGGAGGAGCUUGAAAGAGUGGCGGUGGUGAAGUUAUUGCAGCGGCGGUCGAUUAUUAGUCUGAUUGGGAACGUGUCGCGGUCGUCGGUGAUUCUGGAGAAGGUGUUUGGCGUGUUCAGACGAAACGGGACAAACGUGCAGAUGAUCUCGCAGGGAGCGUCCAAGGUGAACAUUGCAUUGGUAGUGGACGAUGAUGAAGCCACGGAGCUGGUGCAGCUGCUCCACAAGGAGUUUUUUGGUGUCUAG